GUCCAUCAGGAACAGCGGCGUUCACGCGGCCGGAGCCCCGAGAGGCGGUGAGGCCAUGAGCCCUGUGCUGUACUACGCUCUGCCCGCCCUGGGCAGCUAUGUCCUGCUCUCCGUCUUCUUCCUGCGCCGGCCUCGCCUGCUGCACACACCCUGGGCGCCGGCCUUCCUGCCGCGCCUGGGGGCCCACCGAGCAGGAUCCGGAGAGCGGCUGGAGCACACCUUGGAGGCCAUGGAGAAGUGAGUGUGUGCACCUGCCCCCCAGGCUGCGCAGUGAGGUGGGCCCAGUGGUGCACUGUGUGACCCCGGGGGCACCACUCUGUGGUGGUCCGCGUGACCGAGGCCCCCUGGAGGUGUGUAGCGCACAGCCUGCACUGCCCGCAGCGAAUUCUGCCCCACACUCCCCUCCACCUCCCCUGCCCCUUCCCUGGGCCUCCCUUCCCCGCACUGACCUUCACUCCCAUAGCUCCAUGGCCCAGCGAUCCGACUUCCUGGAGCUUGACUGCCAGCUGACCCGGGACGGCGUGGUCGUCGUGUCACACGACGAGAACCUGUCUCGCCAAUCCGGCGUGAAUAGGGACGUGAGCAGCCUGAACUUUGAGGAGCUGCCCCUCUACAAGGAGGAGCUGGAGGUUUACUUCUCACCAGGCCACUUUGCACACGGGACAGACCGGCACAUGAUGAGUCUGGAGGAUGUGUUCCAGAGGUUCCCUCGGUUGCCCAUGAGUGUCGAGAUCAAAUCGGUAAACGAAGAGCUCAUUAACAAGGUAGCGGGCCUGGUGAGGCACUUUGACCGCAGUGAAAUCACCAUCUGGGCCUCAGAGAAGAGCUCAGUCAUGAGGAAAUGCAGGGCUGCCAACCCCGAGAUGCCGUUUGCCUUCACGAUAAGCCGGGGAUUGUGGCUGGUGCUAGUGUAUUACCUGGGGUUGCUGCCCUUCGUCCGCAUCCCGGAGAGGUUUUUCAUCUGCUUCCUGCCCACCAUCAUCAACAGGACCUACUUCCCAUUUUCCCGCCCUGGGCUGAACCAGCUGGCAGCUGUGGUUUCCAGAUGGUUAAUCAUGAGGAAGAGUCUGAUCCAGCACCUCGAACAGCGAGGAGUGCAGGUGAUCUUUUGGUGCCUUAAUGAAGAGUCGGAUUUUGAAACAGCCUAUGGCCUGGGGGCCACCGGCGUGAUCACCGAUUACCCCACAGCCCUGAGGCGCUACCUGGACAACCACAGAGGAGCUGCCCAGACCUCGGAGGCCCUCACCCUCUCCUCUGUGUCUCUUCCCCAAUAAAGGUCGUCUUCAGA